GAAGAAGGUUGGCGGCGGCGACUCCCUCGCUCGUCCUCACUGUCGGCGGUCCCAGCUCCAGGCACCAUGUUCCGCGCGGUGUCCCCGAGCCACACCUUCCUCGGGCUCCCCCUGCUGCAGUUGCUGCUGCUGCUGGUGCAGGCCGUGGGGAGGGGGCUGGGCCGUGCCAGUCCGGCCGGGGGCCCCCUGGAAGAUGUAGUCAUCGAGAGGUACCACAUCCCCAGGAUCUGUCCCCGGGAAGUGCAGAUGGGGGAUUUUGUGCGCUACCACUACAACGGCACUUUCGAGGAUGGCAAGAAGUUUGACUCGAGCUAUGACCGAAGCACCUUAGUGGCCAUCGUGGUGGGCGUGGGGCGCCUCAUCACUGGCAUGGACCGGGGCCUCAUGGGCAUGUGUGUCAACGAGCGGCGACGCCUCAUCGUGCCCCCCCACCUGGGCUAUGGCAGCAUCGGUGUGGCGGGGCUCAUUCCCCCGGAUGCCACCCUCUACUUCGAUGUGGUCCUGCUGGAUGUGUGGAACAAGGCAGACACCGUGCAGGUGAGCACCUUGCUACACCCAGCCCACUGCCCCCGCACGGUCCAGGACAGCGACUUUGUCCGCUACCACUACAACGGCACACUGCUGGAUGGCACCGCCUUUGACACCAGCUACAGUAGGGGUGGCACUUAUGACACCUACGUCGGCUCGGGCUGGCUGAUCAAGGGCAUGGAUCAGGGGCUGCUGGGCAUGUGUCCUGGAGAGAGGAGGAAGAUCAUCAUCCCGCCAUUCCUGGCCUAUGGCGAGAAAGGCUAUGGGACUGUGAUCCCCCCGCAGGCCUCCCUGGUCUUCCACGUGCUGCUGAUUGACGUCCACAACCCCAAGGACACCGUCCAGCUGGAGACGCUGGAGCUACCUCCUGGCUGCGUCCGGAGAGCUGUGGCUGGAGACUUCAUGCGUUACCACUACAACGGCUCGCUGAUGGACGGCACCCUUUUUGAUUCCAGCUACUCCCGCAACCACACCUACAACACCUAUGUGGGGCAGGGUUACAUCAUCCCCGGGAUGGACCAGGGGCUGCAGGGCGCCUGCAUGGGGGAGCGCCGGAGGAUCACCAUCCCCCCGCACCUGGCCUACGGGGAGAACGGGACUGGAGACAAGAUCCCUGGCUCCGCUGUGCUGAUCUUCGACGUCCACGUCAUUGACUUCCACAACCCUGGGGAUCCGGUGGAAAUCAAGAUUCUGUCCCCGCCCCCGGAGACCUGCAAUGAGACGGCCAAACCCGGGGACUUCGUUCGCUACCAUUACAACUGCUCCCUGCUGGAUGGCACCAAGCUCUUCUCCUCCCACGACUAUGGCGACCCCCAGGAGGCUACUCUGGGGGCCAACAAGGUGAUCGAAGGCCUGGACAAGGGCCUGCAGGGCAUGUGCGUGGGAGAGAGGCGGCAGCUCGUGGUGCCCCCGCACCUGGCCCACGGAGAGAGCGGAGCCCGGGGUGUCCCUGGUAGUGCAGUGCUCCUGUUUGCGGUGGAGCUGGUGUCCCGGGAAGAGGGGCUGCCCACAGGCUACCUGUUUGUGUGGCACGAGGACCCUCCUGCCAACCUGUUUGAAGGCCUGGACCUCAACAAGGAUGGCGAGGUCCCCCUGGAGGAGUUCUCCACCUUCAUCAAGGCUCAAGUCAGUGAAGGCAAAGGACGCCUCAUGCCUGGGCAGGACCCGGAGAAAACCAUAGCAGACAUGUUCCAGAACCAGGACCGCAACCAGGAUGGCAAGAUCACUGUGGAGGAGCUCAAGCUGAAGUCAGACGAAGACCAAGAGCGGGUCCACGAGGAGCUCUGAAGGCCAGGGGCCCGGGCCCGAAUGCAAAGGCCCACUUCUGGGAGGACAGUGGGCAGUGGGGCUGACCUUCCAAGAGUCACCCUCCCCUGUGCUGGCAGGAUGUUGAGAAACAUCUAGAACUUGGUCAGAGGAGACAACUCUGGUCAUCCCACCAGCCCCCAAGUAAAAUCCACAGCACAGACCUCUAUUCAGUUUCUCUCUUCUGACCCCAAACCCCUCCUUUACAAGUUUUGGAGUCACAAAGCCAAGCCGGCCAUUGGCUGAGCCUCGGGGAUGAACGGGGCCAUUGCUGGUGCUUCACCCAUACCUCCCCUCCACGUCACCAGACACUGAACAAGGCCGAGCUGUCCUCUAUUUCCCCAAACUUCCCUUUUGUCCAUACUUUUCCUUGUCGUCCCCAGCCACCCCCCGCUCCAGUCCCUAUUCCUGUGUCGUGGCAGCUCCCCAGGAGCGUGAACCAAAACUGACUGGACGCCCAGCCUUCCUCUCCGCUCUGGCUGGCUUCUGUCCCGCCCCCCUCCCCUGUGUCCCCACACCUAUGCUGUCCACCCCUCACUCCGGCCAGUAGUGGCUAAAGUGACCCUGGGGUGCCGCAUUCAGGGCUGGGCUUGGCGUUGCCUUUCAUCCCUAAAGAAGGCUGCUUUCUCUAAGGGACAGAGAAGAAGAAGAAUGUGAAGGGGGCAGGGGUGAGGAUAACUACUUGUGUGGGUCUUGGGGCUAUGAAAUUCUUGGUUCUGGGCUGAGAUAAACUUGGAAGAAGGGCUCGCGGAGGGCGGGGAGGGGGGCAGAGCUCCACACACUCAAAAGGCUAAAUUGGUGUCAGAUCCCUUUCUCCUUUGUACCAAAUAAAAGACUA